AUGGCAUCUCUAAUGUUUUCUAGUGCAUUAAAACGUCAAAUUAAUAGUGGUUUAGCUAAAAAGUUUGCCCGUCCUUUUGCUACAGAAAUUUCUAGCAUUAAACAACAAUCAACACGAACCACUGUUCUUCCAAGUGGACUAACGAUAGCCACUGAAUCUAUCCCAUACACACAAACCGCUACUGUAGGUGUGUGGAUUGAUGCUGGCAGUAGAGCAGAAAGUUCUAAAAAUAAUGGAGCAGCACAUUUUUUAGAACAUAUGGCAUUCAAGGGAACAAAUCUACGUAGUCAGAAUCAACUUGAACUUUCCAUUGAAAAUAUUGGCGCACACCUUAAUGCGUAUACAUCAAGAGAACAAACUGUAUAUUAUGCUAAAACAUUUCAAAAGGAUGCUCACGUUGCAGUAGAGAUAUUAUCUGAUAUUUUACAAAAUUCCACUUUGGAUGAAGGUGCCAUUGAACGAGAACGUGAUGUUAUUUUGAGAGAACAGGAAGAGGUUGACAAACAAUUUGAUGAAGUUAAAGAUGACCUCGCUAAUUAUAUUAAAAAUAAUUAUACAACUGACCGUAUGGUUCUGGUAGGAACUGGUGGAAUUGAUCAUGAUGAAUUGGUUAAAUUGGCAGAAAAACAUUUUUCAUCACUUCCAUCUUCACCAAGCCCUUUGCCUCUCGGUUCUGGUCAUGGUGAAAAACCUUCAUUUGUUGGUUCUGAAGUUAGAAUAAGAAAUGAUGAAUUAUCACAAGCACAUAUAGCACUUGCAGUUGAAAGUGUUGGCUGGAAUUCCCCGGAUUAUUACACUAUGUUGGUAACACAAGCAAUUAUUGGAACUUGGGACAGAUCGUUUGGUUCAGCUGCACACACAUCAUCUCGUCUUUCACAUAUUAUUCACAAACAUCAACUUGCCAAUUCUUUCCAAUCAUUUAACACAAGCUAUAGCGAUACCGGUUUAUUUGGAAUUUAUCUUAUAUCAGAAAACGUUAAACAAUUGGAUGAUUUGAUUCAUUUUACUUUAGAAGUUGAACGUGCUAAACAACAGCUUAAAUCAUCGUUACUUUUAAAUCUUGAUGGAACAACUGCUGUUGCUGAAGAUAUUGGUCGUCAAAUGGUAACAACGGGUAAAAGAUUAACACCAAAAGAACUUGAAACAAUUAUUUCUAAAAUUACUGUGGAUGAUAUUCGUCGUGUUGCUGGUGAAUAUUUAUGGGACAAGGAUGUUGCAGUAGUCGGACUUGGUCCAGGUUAG